AUGAAGAGUAUAACUAGGUCUAUGGUUGAUGGGGUGAAAUAUAAAAAUAAUAUGUUCCUCCCAAAAACUUCACGAAGAAAACUGAAAAUUGUGAAGAAGAAAAUUCCUCACAAGAAGCCUGUGAGCAAGAAAAGAAAGGUUGUAGAUAAAACUAUUGAGAAGAAGUUUCUUAAGAGAAGAAUUGUUCAAUCAAGUAACUCUGAGACCGAUGGUGAAACAGGUGUCCUAGAAAUUGCAACUUCUUCUAGGAGAAAGGUUGGAGGAAAAAUAAUUCUCGUUAACAUUCCAGUUGAACUCUUAGACAAUGUUUCAGUCCACUCUGAAGGAAAUGUGCAAAAGUGGAAGUAUUUGUAUCAAAGAAGAAUUGCUUCUGAAAGAGAGUUGAGUAAAGAUGUCCUUGAAUGGCAAGAGAUAAUGAAUCUAAUGAAGGAUGUUGGAUUAAUGAAUAUUGUUUCAGACAUUGAACCUUAUACUGAUAAACUGAUCAAGGAAUUCAUUGUUAACAUAUCCAGUGAGUUUAAUGUUGAAGGAAGUCAACAAUAUAGGAAGGUUCUCUCCAUUGAUAAGAUUGCCAAGGAAAUCACUAAUGGACAAGUAAAGAAAUGGCCCAUUAAAGGUUUACUCUCUUGUGGUAAAUUGAGUGUGAAGUAUGCAGUACUGAACAAGAUAGGUGCAACAAAUUGGGCACCCACUAAUCACAGUUCUAACAUCACCUCUACCUUGACCAUGAAGCAUGUUGAUUCUUGUGCAGUAAUUCUACUCAAAGCUUUUCCAUGUUUAUUAACUAGAAUAAUUUUGAAUCAAUAUCCUGAAGUUUUGCAUCCUCAAGAAACUCCAAACAAAAAGGUUGAGUCUCUGACCCUUGAUAAAAAGAUGUUUGUGGGGACACAUCUCCCAUACAUUAUGGUAAAGCAUAAAGGUCAUAAUGAUGGUGGAAAUUCUUCUCCAAAGCCACAAGAGAGGGUGUGUUACUUGAGAUGA